AUGUUGGCUGGCUCGGUAGUUGGUGCGGUCUUUGCGCUAGUCACAGCCUUCAAUUUCGGCACUAACGCUGCCGAAGUCAAACCUGGCAUGGAGCUCAAAAAAAAAUUUCCUUUGGCAAGUUUAUCUCUGAUGGCAUCAGAGGACAAUGGGUAUUCCAAGAAGGUUGCAAAGUUGAUUCACCACAUAGUUGAGGUCAACUUACCUGGAUGUUAUAAGAUUGUCCUUCAUCAAAAUGCUGAAUUGGGUCAUCGUACUAAUCAGUGGGACGACCUUGUGAAGUACUUGGCCUCCGGAGGAGGUGGAAACUUGAUCAUAUGGAAACUGGGCGACUUCCUUCAAGCCUCCCCUCUAGAAGAUAAUCAGUACACCUUCAGAUACAGUCAUCUUAAAACUAAAGGCGUCUUUUGCAUUCUUUUUGUCGUUUUAGCAGAUUUAAAGGCUAUUGGAGCGGCUUUUGAGAAAUUGCAAAGAGGAUUCUGGUUUCAAGGAGUCACAAAAUAUAUGUUUGUCGUCACUGACACCUUAGUAACGAGCGAAUUACUGAUAAGUCAUCCAGUGCUAGGUAACAGUUACAACUUGGUAGUUAUGUCAGAAAACCCCGAGGAGAGCAACCUCCCCAAGGCCGGGACGACACCAAAGCUGGACUUCGUUUUCUUCCAGACCUGUCCAUAUUGUAAGGAUGGAAAUCCUAGUGUUAACUAUAUCGCCCACUGGAGGAGUGAUAAAGGGUUCCUUUUCUCGAAGCCUUUUUAUCCCGAUCUCUUUCAGACCUUCAACGGGCACUUAUUCCGAGCGGUGACAUUGGUGUACGAACCUUUCAGUUGUUACCGAAAGGUGAGCGACGACAUACUAAUUCCAACUGGGAGGUGUGUCGACAAUACCAUGUUGCAUGAGAUGUCACUCGCCCUCAAUUUCACCUACAAAUUCACCGAACCCAAGGACGGACAGUGGGGUCACAAACUGGACAAUGGCAGUUACACCGGUGUGAUCGGUUCAGUUGAGAGGAUGGAAGCAGAUUUCUCCCUGAACAUCGCGAUCACCCAGGACAGAGAGGAAGUUGUGGACUGCACCAUUGGAUAUCACAUCGAGCCGAUCACCUUUGCUACGACCAAGCCAAGGCCGCUGAACCAGGCUUUUGCGCUCAUUAGGCCUUUUAGAUCAGAAGUAUGGAUAGCUUUUGGGCUGACAGUCGUGUUAGCAGGACCCACGUAUUAUAUCAUAUGCAAAUAUGCAACCCUGUCCAAAGAUGCUUUUCGUCCGCCUACUUUAUCUGCAGCCUCCUUCAUGACAUUUGCCACAUGUAUCAAUCAGAGCGUGAACUGGAUGCCAAUUGCUUCAACACGCAUCUUCAUAGGCGCUUACGCAUUCUCGAUGUUUGUGGCCGUGACAAUGUACAUCGCUAUGUUAACGGCUAGUCUCACCUUACCUACGCUCUCUCCAACUCUAAAUACCUUGGAAAAACUCGUAGAAAGUGACUUCAGCUGGGGCAUUCAGGACCUGGGAGCUGCAGAUUACCAGCUUCUAAAGUCCUCUCAAGUGCCUCUUUACCAGAGAGUGUUUCAGGGACUUCAGCAAUGCCCAUCUUUGGAUGAAUGCAUCAUCCGAGCAAGAGACACCAAAUACGCCUUCAUUACUUGGAGAACCUACCUUGAAGACAGGAUUGCUGUAAGAUUUACAAGUUCAACAGGCGAACGUCAGCUACACGUUGCAAGUGGAAACAUAUUUCCUGUAGAGUUGGGCUGGGCAAUGAAUCCGGGUUCCCCUUACAGGCACAGGUUCAAUUCCCAGAUCCGAAAGCAAUUAGAAAGUGGGCUUAUAUCAAAGUGGCUGAAGGACAUCAUCAACGACCCACAGAGGCGGGAGGCAAGCGAUGAAGCAAAUUUACCAUCAUCCUCUUCCCUUAUUCAAGCUCUUGGUCUUCACCAUUUACAGGGUGUUUUCUUCAUUCUGACUAUAGGCUAUGCCACGGCCUUUCUUAUAUUCUUGGUUGAAUUAACCCUUUGCAAGAAAGAUACGGACAUCUAA